GUUCCGAAGCAAAGAUAUCCGGGGGUGGUUUGUCCUAUUCAGAUAUUCACAACUCAGAAGUACUGGAUUCUCUUUCGGAUAGGACCUAAAAGGAGAAGUAAGGAUGGAAUGCCCACAGAUCUCUAUGAAUAG